AUGCAUCAACCACCUGCACACAUCGAAGUCUCAGUUGAUUUCACAAGGCCUGAUGGCCAGAGAACUCGUCCGUUACUGGUUGAAAAUAGAAGACUGUAUGUGGAUGAGCAUUACAUAUCAGUGUGGUCCCCUGUACUCCGGUAAGUCAUUUGAUAAGAAUAAAUGGUCUAAUUUUAAUUUAGAGCUUGGUGUGUCGAAUGUCCGGACAGAGAAUUAAUCCUAGCCAAUGUUCAGUACGAACAUGUCUUAGAAAUGCUUGAGUGUAUCCAUCCGACAUAUAAGGCAGUUGACGAUCAGUCUGUUCAUAUCCUUCUCCCCUUAGCUUAUGAUUACCAGGUUUAAAUGUAAAUGCAAUCUCAGUUUUAUAAUACUUGGCUAUUCAGAUGGAAGGAUUAUUACACCGUUGUGAAUGUUUUCUUAUAAGCCACAAUCUACCGUUUCUAGAGAAAGUUUGGAUAGCUGAUAGAUACAAAUUGAACCGUCUUCUCGUUUUAUGUCUCCGGGAUAUGAGACCGAAUAGCAAAGUUGACCUGAAUGGCACAAGAUAUUAUGCUCUUUCGGACCGAGUAAAGGUGUUACUCCUUGAACGAUUACAUGGAGCAGCAGCCCCAGAAGAAAUACUAGAGCCACCUUUGGACUUAGAACCGUAUCAAAGGAUGUCUGAUGUUAAUUUUGCUGCUGUAAGAGCAAAAACUGGUCGAUUAUACUAUGUAAACCCGUAUUAUAUGGGUGCAUGGUCUAAUGUGUUUGAAGUCAGUUAAAAGAAUGACAAUUCAGGGAACUCAAAUAAAAAAUUAUAGGAAAAGCUAUGUUCAAUUUCAUCUGGAGUUGAAGAAAUGUUUUGCCCAUGCACUCAUGAAGAGCUAAAAGCAUUUCUCAUGGCCAUUCAUCCACCGCAACUCAGGAUUAAUGGUUUGCUAGUUUUUUUUAGUUAUGAGCUUAAUUCACUUCCAGAAACAAAUAUUGGGCCUAUUCUCAUGUCAGCCUGCAAAAUGGAAUCACCUGCUCUACUUAGAAAAUGUGCAAAUCUUCUGUUAUCCCCGCACACCCAAUUAUCAGUUUUUGUUCGUCUCUCACUGUUGGACCGUUGUUUUCUGCAUGAAAUGCUCCCACAGUGUCUUCAAAUGGUCGUGAAACCUGAAAAUCUUAUUCAAAUGACGCAACAGACAACAUGUAGGUUAUUAGAAAAUCAUUAUUAUAACUGUUUCGUAGGCAAACAUCUGCAUACUCCGAAAUAUUGCUAAGUUCUAGAUGAUUGUCUGUCCACUAGAGCAAAAGCAGCUAUGAUGGACAGACUUGGAGUAUUGUUGGAUAACCCAGGACUUCAAACUCAUCACUGUGUGCGCUGCAAAGCUACAAAUACAUGUGGAGCUGUGACGUGGAUGUGCCCACAGUGCAAAACCUAUUCGUCUGACAACAGUCUCCUUCGGCCGAUGGUCACUAACAACGCAACGACUUCAACCACCACUACCGCAACCAAUCAAGUAAUUGGCAUCAAUAGAUAAAGCUACCUGAUGUUUAAUUUCAACUACCUAUCUUCCAACUUUGUGAAAGCAUCACUGCCACUUUCUCAUGCCUUUUUUUUUAAUUUAUAAAUAAAAUAAACUUUAGACUUUCAAACUUUCACUAGCAAUCAUUUUGAUUCCUCUGCUGCCGAAACAGGCUUCAGCAGCUUGAGGAACUUGCGCGGUUCUGGCUGAUACUCAUCUCUCUCUCUCUCUCUCUCUCUCUCUCUCUCUCUCUCUCUCUAUCUUUCUUUCUUUCUUUAUUAGAUCCACUUUUCUUCCCCAAUCAUGGUUAUAUAUAUCGUCUUAUUUUGCCUUGUUUUUACGCUCGGUUCUCCUGAUUUUACUCCUCAUUUUCGGAAGUUUUUGCAUGAUAGUUAUGGUAUCGCAAUCACUGCUAUGCUGGAAAGGACCGACCUAGGUCUUGAUUCUUCCUUUGGUGGAAGGGAAAACGCCGCAGAAUCUUCUCAAAAUCACGCUGUUAUUAUUGUUCACGGAAUAACAAAUAAAGCUUCUAGAUUUUCUGUUAGUUUACAGUUAUAUAUAUUCUUUGUUUAUGUUUAUGUUAUAUUUAGAACACAAUUUCUUACUUAAAGUCUAAAGGAUACAAGAACUCAGAAGUUUAUGGUACGACGUGGGGAGAUGGCGGCAGAACUCCAGUUGGAUUGGUGGAUAUGAAAUGCGGUUAUGUUAAACAAAUCCGGUAAGUUUGCUAAUUAGAAAAACUUCCUUCACUUAAAAAAAUUGAUUAAAGAGCAAUGAUAAUAGCAGUGCGUCAAUAUACCGGUAUGCAAGUGGAUGUCAUCGGUUAUUCGAUGGGAGCUCCUUUGGCAAGAAAAGCAAUUCUCGGGGGACAGUGUGUAGACACUCGAGAAAUUUUGGGUGAGUCUUGAGGAGGGUGGAAACGAUUACGGUAUUUUUUGUAGGAGCUCCAUUGACCGAAUUAGUGGACACAUUCUUAUCCGUGGCAGGCGCAAACUAUGGAAGUGUUCUGUGCAUAGUGCCUGUACCAGUUGGAACAUGCAAUAAGUUCAAAUUUCAAGAUUUCUAUUCUAACAAAGCAAUUUACAGGCGGAAUGGAUUGCACUGUGACUCGUCAUUUUUACAAGACAUAAACAACCAGCAAAAAUACGAAGGCUCCUAUGUCUUCAGUAUUUUUUCCUCGGCAGACGAAAAAAUCGGUUUCCGAUCUUGCGGACGGCCUGUAUCACCGAUUCGCGGGGGUACCGGAUUUGUGAAAAAAGAUGGAUUAAAUCACGAUCAGGUCAUGGACGCAACAGUCGGACUACAGAGGAACUUUAUAGUUUAUCACUCCCCAAAAGCCCCAAGAUAUUUAUGA